AUUGACGACUGUGUCCCAUUUUCAAAUAUGGGCACAGUUCGUUUUCAAAGUGAUUUUGAUGGAAAUUUGGGACAUAAAAAGCGUUAUUCUUCUACUUCUCGAUUGUCAAAAGGAACUCAAAGUGAUGAAAUUGUUUAUAAUGCUACAGGGACAGAUCCGGUAAAAGCUCCUGAACGUGGCACACAAACAGACAAAGAAUAUUUAUUAUGGAAUCGUUCGGCAGCUAAUUCUCUUCGAAUUUCAUCGAAUUUGGUCGAUUUAUUGUUAAACGAAUUGGAUAAUAUUUCUGCGGAAUUGCCUCUUUUGAAAGUUUAUGAACGUUCUGUUUGGGGAAAUGAUUUUGAAAAGGAACAAAAAAGAAGAAUUUUUCUACAACUUUUAAGAGAAGUUGAAUUACCUAAGACCGAAGGAUUUUCACCAACUUGUCAACCUUUUGCAAUUCGUUGUGGAUUAGGCUCUCGUAUAGCCGUUCUCUUUGCUGAACCUGAACACGAUUCUCAUUGUGCAGAACAUGUAGGCCAUUUACUUUUAAAUUUACGCCGGAAACAAAAUAAUUGGAUUCAAUUACCUGCCUGUCCGAGUGAUGCAAUUUUUGGUCGUCACGGAGAGAUAUUAAUUGUUGGCCUUUACAAUGGAGAACUUUUAUUACUUUCAACAUUUGAGGGAAAUGUGGGCAAAGUUUUAUGGAAUGGUGGCGGUCCAACAGCAGGCUUGCACUCAAGGGCUAUUACGCAAUUUCAUUGGCUAGAUGAACAUAAAGGAAUACUUAUUAGUGUUGGAUUGGAUGGAAAAGUAAUUAAAAGCAGACUUGAACCAAACAAUCAAUUAGAAUUAUUGGAAAGUAUUCAAAUAACCCUUUCUGAUUUGCCCAAACAUUUAUAUCGAGAAUCAACAACAACAAAUCGAAGUGUUGGACUUGUUGGCGUUUCUAUAUUUAAAAAUUGGGAGAAUAAACAACAAUUGUGGAUUGCAACAGAAACGGGCGUUUUAAUACAACUUGAAGAAAAUUUAAAUAAAAUUAAAUGUUCACAAACAUUAUUUGAAAAUGAAAAUUUCGGAGAUGGAACAGCGGAACAAUUUAUUUCUUUUAAUUUUGGAAAGAAAAGAAUUUUUAUUUGGAAAACUUUGGAUGGAAGAAUUUUACAAAAAAUUAAAUUUAAAGAAGAUGGACAUUUUAACAAUAAUUCUCAAGUUGAAAAACUUUUACCUGUUGGCCGUAGCAGAUGUGAAAUUUCCAUUUUAACGGACACAAAUUUACUCUUUACACUUUCUACUAAUCAACUAAAACAAAAAACUAAUAAUACAAGAAGAACAUCUGAUAAAAAUGAAUUAAUUGUUUGGGAUAUUUUAAAUGAUGAAUUACUUCUUCGCGAAACUCAAAUCAGUGAUCUUGAAACUUUUACAUUGGAUAAACUUACAGGAAAUAUAAUGAUUGGAAUUUCUUUUAAAGAUGAUGGUAAUAGUAAGAACAAUGUGGUUAGAGGAGAAAAUCAAAAGAAAUAUUUCUUGAAUUUUUAUGAAAUUGUUUUUGAAUGA